AUGGCUCCCGCUGCGUCGAGUUCUGGUGGCGGCCUCUCCGGCCAGGCUUCUGCUGCGUCUUCGCCUGCUCGGUCGUCGUCUUCUGUUCGCGCUGGGUCGACGGCUGCCGGUACUCCGCGUCCAGGCGAUGCCGCACAGUCGGCUGGUGGCGUGCCUCCGCAGCCACUUAUCGAGGCUAUGCGUGGCCACGAGUCUUCGGGAACCCCGGCAACAUCUCGACCUGGGUCUCCUGGUUCUUCUCAGCCUGCUCCCGACAACUCGCGCGGUCGUGGUCAAGUUAUGCGUCGCGGCGCCCUUGAGCAGCUGGUCCGUGAUGCAUGUGAUGAGUCGUCGGAGCGCAUCUUGGCGGUGCUGGGCUCGAACCUGGAGUCUCUCGGCCGUCUCUCGGUGAACCUGCAGCUGGGACCGAGCAUCCGUGGUGAUCGCUGCGUGGAUUCUCGCCUGGCGUCGGCCCGGAACCUCGAUGAAGUGGUUACUGCUGCGGAGCCGAACAUGGAUGUUGGCGAAGGCUCGACGCUGGACAUGGCAACUAUGCGCGCCCGGCUGCACUCUGCUGAGUCAGCGCAGGCUGCUGCAGAGAAUCGGUUGCGGUCCCAGACGUACUCUUUGGAGAACCAGAAGGUAUUCUUGAAGAACGCGAACGACGAGAUCGCACAGCUGAAGAAGGAUGUCGCGCAUCUUCGUCAGCUGGGGGCUCAUUACAUCGUCGAGCUCGAGUCGUCGAACACCGCCGUGGAUGGCCUCAGAGAGUGUUCCGAGCGGCAGGAGAAUCGUGUCAGGGUGGCCGAAGCCUCGCACGCUCGGGCUCUAGCUCAGUUGAAACGUGAGCAGGAGGUCUACAAGGCGGCCGUUGCUUCGUCGACUGCUCAAAGCAGGCGCUUGCACGAUCUGCUGGCUCGCUCGGACGCCGCCGACGACACCGCACCAGCUCGCCUUCGCCGCCGCAAUGAGGACCUCGAAGAGCAAGUGAAGCGGCUGACCCGUGUUAACAAGACGCUUCGCGCUCACGUGCAGCUGGAAGAAAUGAACCCCGACGUCCUGGUCCUCGCCGUAGAAGGUUCGUAG